AUGCUCCUGUGCUGUCUGCCUGUGGCUCAGUUUCAGUUCCAGCCUCGGGGCCAACAGCAGACGCAGACAACACAGUCUCAGAAACAACCGCCUUCCAAUCCUGCUCAGAAAACACCUCCUGUCUACAGCUGUGAGGUGGAACACUUCCGAAGGAUAAAUUGUGGGCGUCCUGGCACCGCUUUUGCAGAAUGUCAGAAUCUGGGCUGCUGCUUUGACGGGCAAAGCUGUUACUAUGGCAAACCUGUAACGGUCCAGUGUCUCAGGAAUGGCCGUGUUAUUUUGCUUUUGGCCAGAGAUGCCACCCUGCCCUACGUUGAUACGGAAUCACUUUCCUUUUUGGACCAAGGCCAACACUGCAACCCUGUUGCCACCAGUCCAUCUUAUAUCGUCUACUUCCUCGGUGUGAAUGACUGUGGUGCUUUGGUUUCGUCCACGGGCACCGAUGUAAUCUAUGAGAACAGGCUGUCUUCAAUGAUAACAGUGGAUCAUGGAAUGCAUGGAAGUAUUACCAGGGACAGUUACUUUGAGCUGGCAUUUCAGUGUAAAUACGUUGGCGAAGGAACCGUGACCAUUAAAACAGAAAUCAACCUGGUUCCACCACCACUUCCGGUUUCCGGUUUUGGAGUCUUGCAGGUGGAGAUUAGGCUGGCCAACGGACAGUGUACUCACAAGGGAUGUAAUGAAGAAGAUGCUGCCUAUACCUCCUUUUACAGAAAUGAUGAAUACCCUGUGACAAAGGUUCUCAGGGACCGUGUGUAUGUGGAGGUGCGAAUGCUAAAAAGGACUGAUCCAAAUCUUGUCUUGACUCUUGAACGUUGCUGGGCAACCGCUGGUCCCCUUCCUCAUAAUUUACCUCGGUGGGAGCUGCUGAUUAAUGGCUGCCCCAACUAUGAUGACAAAUACCAGACUGUAUUGGUCCCAGUGGAUGGCUCAUCAGGACUCCUGUACCCAACCCACCACAGGCGAUUUUAUUUCAGAAUGUUUACAUUUUUAGAUCAGUUACCUUCCGAUCCUAUCAAAGGAGGGACUAAGGUAGCAGACGCUCCCGUCAUGCUCCAGUCAGCGGUGCAUGUCCACUGCGCCACAACUGUUUGUCAGCCAACCCUUGGAGAUAAUUGUCAACCAAGGUGCUACAGAACAACGAGAGAUGUCUCUGGAUCUACCCAGGAGUCUUUGGGAAGUACUGUUGUGGUUACCAGUGGGAAGAUUAUUUUUCUUAAAACUUAAAAUCAUGUCCUGACAUCCAGGUAGAUUUGUCACAAUCAAAUCUCUGUUCAUUGUAUCAUCUGGCUGAGUUUCAAAUAAAUCCUUAAGCUG